AUGUCAGAGUCUACCGACACAAAAACAAUCUACCUAUUCGGCCAACCAAUCGCCCACUCCGUCUCCCCAUUUUUCUACAACACCAUCUUCACCAAACUUAGCCUUCCAUGGCGGUAUAUCAGACUCGAUUCACACGACCCCGAGGAUCUGAUGUGGAUGAUGCGUCGGGAUGAUUUUAUGGGUGCCGCGGUCACAAUGCCGAAUAAAGUCCGCGCGAUGGCGUGUGUGGAUGUUUUGACUGAAGAGGCGCGGAGGAUUGGGUGUAUUAAUACGAUUUAUGUUCAAAGUGGCCAUGGUGGGGAUGGUGAGAGGGUGUUGGUCGGGACGAAUACGGACUGGAUUGGGAUCCAGCGGGCUUUGUUGAGGGCGCAGCCUAAGUUGAAGGAGGGAGAUUGGUCUGCAAUGGUCAUCGGAGGCGGUGCGACGUGUAAAUCGGCCAUCUACGCCCUGGCUGAAGGACUCGUUGCGAGGACGAUAUAUCUGGUCAGCCGCGACGCAGGGGAAGCGCAGUCCGCCAUUGACGAUCUCAAACAACGAGGCCUACAGCGGGAUAUUUGCCACAUUGACACAGUCGAAGAUGUUACUUCCCUGUCUCUCUCCGAAACCCCCAUAGUCACAGUCAGUGCUGUGCCUGACAUCGCACCGAAGACGGAACCCGAGCAACGAGCACGCGAUAUUGCUAUCGUCAUGCUGCAGAGAAAACCAGGCUGCCAGUUUCCGAGAAUAUUCCUGGAAAUGUGCUACGAUCCGAGACCUAGGACAUGGUUGGCGGGUGUGGCUGGGGAGGCUGACUGGCAGAUUAUCGAUGGUUUGGAUGUGAUGGAGCAUCAGGCGAUUGAGCAGGAUGUUUUGUGGAUGGGGAGAUCGCUUAGUGAGCUUCCGGUAAACGAUGCUGGAAAAGCAAUUCGUGAUGCUCUACAUAGACAUUGA